AUGGAAAACGAAAUUUAUGACGGCAGCAACACGUCCAAUAUUUUAUCAGAAUCUAUCGAAUUUACCAUUGUUAAAGGAGCAAUAUUAACGACAUUAGGUGUGGUGGCUUUGCUUGGCAAUCUGAUGGUCGUUUUUUCCAUUUUAUUACCUAAAAAAAUGCGCUCCCCUACUAACUAUCUAUUAUUUAACUUAGCUGUAUUAGAUAUUAUCACAGUGACUAUACGAUUGCCGAUCCAUUUGAUCAAUAUCAUGGAAAAUCGUCAAGCAAUCGAUGAUCCUUUAUGUCACUUUCAUGCAUUUCUAACCGGAGUUUGCUUUAUUGGCUCAGUUUAUUCUAUGGUUGGUAUUGCUGUCUUUCGUUAUAUCGUUGUAUGUCGAUCAUUAUCUGUCAAACUAUCCAAUCGACAUGCACUCUACGCCAUAGGGCUAAUAUGGUUAAUAACAGUAUUUAUAGCCUUAUGGCCAUUUUGGGGUUGGAGUAAAUUUGUAUAUGAUCCACGUGAAAGAGCUUGUAUACCAAGCUAUUCAGAAGGCAUUAGUGGUCUAAUUAAUGGAAUUUUAGAAAUAUUUCUUGACUUUGGAAUACCUCUAACCACUAUAUUUGUAUGCUACUGGAAGAUAUACCGCUAUAUUCGAGCAACUCAUCAGCGAUUGGCAUCCUUCCGUGAAUCAGCUAAUGUUAAGCAUGAAUAUCGUAAGCGUCGUGUAACUUUAACGAUGUGGAUUGUAUUUGUUGCCUUUUUCAUUCUCUAUGCCCCUUGGAGUAUCAUGGCAUUUGUUGUUUUUCCAGUCACCAAUGGCCAAGCCAAUGUACCGGACGGUGUCUACUUUAUGGCACAGGCUCUUCUCUAUUCUAAUUCUGCAGCAAAUCCUAUUAUUUAUGGCGUCAUGAUGGGACAAUUUAAAAGGCAAUAUAAGAAAGUAAUCACUUGUGGUUGCUUGACAUCCAAUGAACAAAUGAUUCAAUCGGAUACCGAUGCAGAGCGCGUUGUUCCUUAUGCAUCUCGUGCUAUUACUAUCGAUUGGCUAAAGGCAAUGUAUAUCAAUUGUCCAAUUUACUAG